CCCGCGCCCAGCGCCCCGCGCCCGCUCCGCGCCCGGCUCCGCGCCCGCCCCGCGCCCGCUCCGCGCCCUGCUCCCCGCGGAGGGCGGCGGCCAUGAGGCUGCGGGCGCGCGGUCCCCGGGCCGCCCCCGCCUCCGGCGCGGGGGCCGGCGACGCGAGGCGGCUGGCGCCCCCGGGGCGGAACCCCUUCGUGCACGAGCUGCGCCUCGGCGCCCUGCGGAAGGCCCAGGUCGCCUUCAUGACGCUGACGCUCUUCCCCAUCCGGCUGCUGCUCGUCCUGGCCGCCAUGCUGCUCGCCUGGCCCUUCACGUUCUUCACCACGCUGGGGUGUGCGGAGAGGGAGCCCGGAACAUCCCCGGCCUCGUGGCGGAAGGUCGUGGACUUCCUGCUCAAGGCCAUCAUGCGUACCAUGUGGUUCGCCGGCGGCUUCCACUGGGUGGUGGUGAAGGGGCGGCAGGCCCCGCCCUCUGAGGCCCCCAUCCUCACCCUGGCACCCCAUUCCUCCUACUUCGACGCCAUCGCCGUCACCAUGACGAUGUCCUCCAUCGUGAUGAAGGCAGAGAGCAGAAACAUCCCGAUAUGGGGAACUCUGAUCAAGUACAUACGGCCGGUGUUCGUGUCCCGGUCGGACCAGGACUCCCGCAGGAAGACGGUGGAGGAGAUCAAGAGGCGGGCGCAGUCGAACGGGCGGUGGCCGCAGAUCAUGAUUUUUCCAGAAGGAACGUGUACCAACAGGACCUGCCUAAUUACCUUCAAGCCUGGUGCGUUCAUCCCGGGGGCCCCGGUCCAGCCUGUGGCGCUGCGGUACCCAAACAAACUGGACACCAUCACGUGGACGUGGCAAGGACCCGGAGCGUUGAAAAUCCUGUGGCUCACACUGUGUCAGUUUCACAAUCGAGUGGAGAUUGAGUUCCUUCCCGUGUACAGCCCCUCGGAGGACGAGAAGAAGGACCCCGCGCUGUUCGCCAGCAACGUGCGGCGCGUCAUGGCAGAGGCCCUGGGCGUUUCCGUCACCGACUACACGUAUGAUGACUGCCAGCUGGCCCUGGCGGAGGGACAGCUGCGUCUCCCCUCGGACACCUGCCUCCUUGAAUUCGCCAGGCUGGUGAGGGCCCUGGGGUUGAAACCAGAAACACUGGAGAAAGAUCUGGAUAAGUUUUCCGACAGCGCCAGGCUGCAGAGGGGAGGCAGGAUGGGGCUCCCCGAGUUCGCCGAGUACCUGGGCGUCCCCGUGUCGGACACUCUGCAGGACAUGUUCUCCCUGUUUGAUGAGAGCGGAGACGGCACUCUGGACCCUCGGGAGUACGUGGUCGCCCUGUCUGUCGUCUGCCGGCCGGCCCGGACUCUGGACACCAUCCAGCUGGCAUUCAAGAUGUACGGGUCCCAGGACGGCAGCAUCGAUGAAGGCGCCCUGUCCAGCACCCUCAAGACCGCUUUAGGAGUGGCCGAGCUCGGCGUGAGCGGCCUCUUCCGGGCCAUCGACCAGGAGGGCACGGGGAGGAUCACGUUUGCUGACUUCCGCAGGUUUGCAGAGUUGGUCCCUGACUUCGCCGAGGGCUACCUGUACCCCACCCAGCCGCGUCCCUGCAGCCGCCCGCCCACGCCCCCGGCCCCGGCCCCCAAUGGCUUCUGUGCUGACUUCAGCCCUGAAACCUCCGGCGCUGGGAGGACACCUCUCCGUGAGAAACUGGACUAGGUGGCGGCCUCUCGGCGGCCCCGUCACCAGCCGCCUCCACACGGCCAUGAGCCCGCCGGGCCUCACCCCCCUACCUGUGCCGCGCGCACACUGGCCUCAGGCCCAUCCACGCGACUCUGGGUCGCUCCCACCCUGCUCCUGCGUGGACAGCCCUGCGUGCGGGAGGCCGCGUGGCCCGGGGGGCGAGGGGGCCGUCCCGCUCCGCCGGGUGUGGCCGCAUCGCCCGGACCGCCCUGGGUCACGUCCCGGCUCGGGUGGCCGCUCGCCCCGGCGGACGGGCCUCCAUGUGCACACGCGACACAGGCCUGAGACCAGGGCGCGUCCGGAGCGUUUCCAUCCCAGCACAGACCCCGCUGACCUCGGGGGGGUCGCAGCCUGGCAGGGCCGCGUCUCAUUUUUAAAUGUUUCUAUAUUUGUGGGAGCUCGUGAGUGUUUUAUAAACUUCAUUUAGAUACUUCAGGAAGCACUCAGCAUUUUUUUAAAAAAAAACAAACAAACUUGUUUUCUACUUCAUUUUUCCUUUCAGGGCCAGAGAAUAUUUAUUUAUGGGCCCUUUUUUGAUAGAACCUGAGGCCGUGUGGGGCUUUGGCCCGCGUCUCUUUCUGGCCUCUCUGCCGGGUGCGCCCCGUGUCUGGGUUCCCCGCACGCAGCGCCGGGUCUGCCUCUUUAACCCUUCCCACACCCCCCUUCGCUACAAGUGUUCCCAGCCUGGUACCCGCCUGGCGUGAAGGGGUCGGCUUCACAGCAGCCCAGGCGGGGGCACCAGGGAGGCGGGCUGGGUGGCCGGGAGGCGACGGGGGUGGGGCCACGCCGGGGCACACGGGCCUGGACCUGCUGGGGGCUGACCCUCGGCCCUGCUCCCGGGGCUGAGCCCCGUGUGUGCAGGGAGAGCAGCUGCGGGGGAAGGGAGCCGUGUGCAGACCUCGGGGAGCCGGUGACGGCGGGGCCGGCCCGUGCUGAAAGCAGGAGGGCGGCGGGAUGGCGCUCGGGCCCCCGGUGAGUCCGAGGGGAGGACCCCGGCCUCCAGACUAAGGAAAGAGACGGUUCCGUCGCCUCCCGUUCUGAGCUCGGCCCGGUGAUCACUCCCUGUUCACACAGCUGGAGACCUGUCCGUAAAGCACAAUGAAAACCGCGGUCUCCACUGCGUCUAUGAGGCAGAGCCUCUGGGUUUGCCUGGGGGAAAGUUCUGAGUUUCUAAACGAGUUGGAUUUUGUAUUUGGGCAUCUGCAUGGGAAGUGACGGCCGAGCCCAGAAGGCCAGGAGCACGUGUUUAGUAACCUCCCCAGGAGUUCACGGUGCGCGUUUCCAUCCGUGGCCCCGCCGUCGUUGAGGGAAGAGCCCCCAGCCUCGGCGGUGCACCCCCCCCCCCCCGCGCCGGCGCGGCACUGCCCGCCGGUGCCCACGGUAGCCAGACGUGGCGCGGGGCUCACGGCCAUCCGUUCUGUGACUGUAGACCGUAGCGGUUCGUUUUUAAAGACAAAACCUACAAGGGACCAACGAAGGAGGUGACCGAACGAAGAUACUCUGGGGGAAGCCCCUCCGCGUCUGCGCAUGAAGGGCUGCGUGACUGGGGCGCCGCCGCGCACCUUCAGGAAGAAGCCUCUGAUGACAGACCCGGGUGGAUGUUUGCUCCUCCUGGUCCCCUCCGCUCCGUGCGGCCUCGCGCCCGCGGGCGCUCCCAGGUGUGGGUGUGGACAGAGCUCUCUGGGAGGCGGGGGCAGGCGAGGGGGCCCCGCGGGGACCGGGGUCCAGGGCGGGCGCCAGGGAGCAGCUCUGGGUGUCCUGCGGAACGAAUAAAGUGUAAAGUCUUCUGUACCCAA